AUGGCGUCGAGGCCCGUAGCGCAAGGCUAUGUCGGCCAUGGCGCGCCUCCUCGGGAAAUAAUUGCCCGAGAGCCUGAAAUUGAAACCAAUGCACCUAAUUGGAACGCUUCUAGUUCUGCAGUACCUGCCAACAUGCGAGCACCUGAGGGCCUGCCUGGCCUCGUAGCGUCCAAGGUUGUGCCUCCGCCGCGGAAACGGACCAAGGCGCAGAGCUGCGACUCAUGUCGGCGUCGAAAGCUCAAGUGCGACCGUGGGUGGCCCUGUGGAGCGUGCUGCGACAGAAACGAGCAGCAUCUGUGCACGUGGGGAGACGGCGUCGUCCCUGAGCGCACGGGGCGCGACACGGGUGACUCGGCGGCCGUGCUAACCCGCAUUAGCGUUCUUGAGUCCAAGCUCGAUCUUAUCCUUGAGCGCCUGGACGGCUCGCCGUCCCCCUCAUGUGCCGCCCCACGCACGCCACCGGCCACUCUGACUCCCAUCGCGGGAAGCUGGGACCUGCACUGUAGUGAUGUGCUGGGCUGUAUGGAUGCAGAAUCACGCCUAUGGCAUCAGCGAGCCGCUCUGGAGCACAUGUACAAAAGCUUACCGGAUCCAAACGUCUUGUCUCUACUUAUGCAUAUAUUUGUCAAGGAGAUCGAGUGGAUGUCGGCCGUUCUCACGGAACGGCGAGCGCAGGAGCUCUUGUCGGAGGUCGCCACUUUGCGCAACCAGAUGUCUCUCGAUCCCACGUACAUCCAGCGACUCAGCUUGGAGCAAGUGACACACCUCAUCUACGUCCUGGCCAUCUGUUUCAGUAUCUGCGGCAUUGCGCUCCUUGCUGCCCGCGACUCGACACAUCAGAUUGUGAUGGAAGGACGUGUGCCCUCCUCGCACAUGCGGUACUUCCAGGACAUGCUGGUGGGUCUGCGUACCAUGGACAUUCUGGGCGAGCCGAAAAUGGAGUAUGUCAUUGCCAUGUCACUUCUGAUGUGUGGGCUGUGCGCGUCGCGCCCACCGGCGUCUGCCGCCACUUUGGUGAGCCAGACUGUACAAGUGGCACUCCUGUUGGGUCUGGAUGAGGAGCCACCGGCCACGAUGCCGCUGGAAGACGCUUCGUGCCGUGUACAUCUGUUUGCGAUUCUGUGCAUCCAUGACUGGUUUUUGACCACCUUUAUCAAGCGGCGACCCCUGAUCCUCUCGGACGCUAAGAGGCUGCCAUCUGUGUUUGGUACAGAGAUGCAGCGUGCCAAGUUCCUAUCUCCUUACCACCAGAUGAAGCUGCAGAUCGCGCAUUUGUAUUGCCGCUCAUCGUCGAUGAUGAUGCCAACGGACGAAGACUAUGCAUACGUGCAACAGCUCCAUAAAGAGGCCAUGUCGCUGCAGGCACAGACGAAGCAUAUAUGGAAUGAUGCCGAGAACGGCGACACGACCAAUUCGGUGAAGCAUUUGCACCGGUCCUUUGGUAUUACAUCGCUGCACUAUCUCAUGAUCCGCAUCCACCUGCCAUACUACAUGCGGGGCUGGGAUGACGAGCGGUACCAGCUCUCGCGCGACGCUUGCUUCUCAAGUGCGCGCGCACUCCUGCGGCUCUUCCGCGAUGCCUUUAGCUGGAAGAUGCCCAAGAACGAGACGGGGCAAUCGUGCGAGUCGUACAUUCCGACCGAGUUCCCUGUGGCCUCGCGUAUGUGGUACUUCUGCCACUGGUGCACUGCCGCUGCAGUGCUGCUGCUCAAACACUUGACCCUGCUCAAUGAGCGGAAUGAGCAGCCAAGCUGGGAUCCCGAGCGCGAGAGCAUUGUGCAGGACCUGUGCAUCAUGAGUCGCCUGCUCAACUACCUCGCACCUGUCUCGACCAUUGCGCGGGAAGGUUACGAUGCUAUGCAGCGCGUCGCAACUCACAUCAUGCAGACGGACUUUGAUACAUCGCAAACGGGUCUGGGCAACUGCGUCACCCAUUGGGCUGAUCGUAUCAUGCCAGCGCAGUGCUCUAAGCGGUCGAAAACGGAGCCCAUGAUGAUGCUUCGGAGCCUAGUUCGGCACAACGACUUUUCUGUAUCGAAUGUGCGCACAGAGCCUACACAUGAUACGUCCAGCUCACCGUACUCCAGCGACUCGGUGUCUCUGCCGCCCAGUGCAGCGUCGGUGCCUGUGCCAGGGUUUGACUCUGGCGACCCAUCGUCACUACCCGGCAUGGCCACUCCGGUGCCGGCGAUGACCGCAUCCGACUUUGACACUUUCUGGGCCAAAUUUGCGGUGCCGCCCGUCGGCCAGCCUGUACAGGCGAAUACACCGGCGAACUCAUUGCCGGUACCCAGCGAGCUGCCAGCGCCGUCGUCGUUCCUACUUCCGCCUGAGAACGUUAUGAAUAUGACUUCGGAUGUAUCCUCGGUCGUGCACCCAAAGGACAUGCUCAUGGGCAACCCUCUCAAUUUCAACGUGGGCACUAUCGGCCCCUUUACAGACGACUUUAUUCGCUCGCUGGACGACUACGCCAAAAGCGGGCCGCACUCCACCUCCCUGCCGUUUCCCUAG